AUGGUUGAAAUUAACGAAAUUGAAUUCAUUGAAGAAACAGAAUAUUUUAAAUUUCAACAUGGAGCAUGUUUUUGCAUGUUAGAUAAUGAGAAAAAAGAAAAUAGAAGUGUCGAUAAUUUACAAGAUAAAAUUUUUAAAAAUAAUUUCAUUAUUAGUAAUGUAAAACAGAAAGGUUUGUAUUUUUUUAAUAAAAGGGUACAAAUUUUUUCUUUAUUAGAUUUUUUAUAUAAAAUUGAUAAUGAUAAUAAAAAUAUACAAAUUAAAUCAUUGCCUUUUGAAGAAAAUGUUGUACUUAUAGAGAAUAAUAAAAGUGAUGAUAUAACAUUUAUAUAUACAGACCGUCAAAACAUUUAUAUAUUUGAUUAUGAUAAGGAUGAAAUAAAAUUACACGUCCGUGUGAAUAUCAAAAUAAAUAAGUUCAAACAUAUAGGUAAUUUUGUGUUUUUAAUUUUGAGCGAUGAUAAGAAGAUAUACUUUUUAAAAGAUAAGGAAUUAUACGAGUGCCUUGAUGUGACCGAACCAAUUAACAGUAUCGAUGAAAAGAAUGGGUUGUUUUUAUUCACACAUGCAGAUAAAGAAAUAAUUACUAUAAAAGAUGAAAAUAAAAAGCAUACAUAUGAUUUAAGUUCUUUGAGCAAAGAUAUAGAUAUUCCAUAUGAGAAUUGUAAUAUAAUAUGUGCAAAGAUUUUAGAACACAACAAAAAGGAAACCAAAUUAUUUAUAGUUGUGUUAUAUAAUAAUGAAGGUGAUAUAACAUGUGUUACAUAUGAUAUAAAUAUAGAAGGGUAUGAAAUAAAACGUGUGAAUUAUUCUAUGAAUGAUUUUUUUUUUGAAGAAUAUAAAAAGGAUGAAAUAUAUAUAAAAACAAUGUAUAUAAGUGAAUGGAAAAUAUUAGUUUGUCUUUCAUCUGAGUCAUGUGAAGUAGUUGUAUAUACACAUAAUGAUAAAUUAAGUGAAAUGGAUAAAUCUAAUGAUAUGAAAGUGUUAUGUAUAAAAGAAGGAUAUAAAAUUAAUACAAGAGAAUCGGAUACUUUUUUCAUAUCAUUAUUUAUGUAUUCAAAAUAUGUAGAUAAAAUAUAUAGAAAAAGUAAAUUAGGAAAUGUUCCAUUUUUAAAAAAUCCAGUUGUAUUUUUUCUCUUACAACAAAAUUUUAAAAUUGUAGUGGAAUAUUUGGAUCAAUUUAAAUUAGAAGAUAAUAUAGAUGGUAAUAUAAAUUCUGUCAAAGAAGAUACAAUUGAAAAUGAUAUGAAAGAAGUCACUCUUUUACCUACACUUAUGAAUGAUAUUAUUGAAAAUUAUAAUAAGGAACAUCAUAAGGAUAUUCUAAAAAUAUUCAAAAUGAAAAAAUGUCCAAAUGAGCAAAAAGAAAUAAAGGAAGUAAAAAGUGACAUUAAAUCAGGACAAGAUAGUUCUUUGAGCAAUAUAAAAUUGGAUGAAGCAAAAAAUGUAUCGACUACUACUACUAUAAAUAAUAAUAAUGAUAAUACUAAGAAGGGAUAUAAUUUUACUUUUAGCAUGUUUGGUAUUGGUAGUGGGAAUAAGUCAGGAACAUCCAAAAAUGUAGUAAAUGAAAAAACUACCACAAAAGUGGACGAAUUACAGCCAAUUAAAAAAAUUGAAGAAUCAGUUGCUGGAUUUCAAAUUCUUGAAAAAGAUCAAGCAAAAAGGAUGGGAGAGAUAGAAACAGGAAGGACAGACAAAAUGGAAAAGUAUGCUCAAAUUGAUAAGGUGAAUCAAAUCGAAGAAAUGGAUAAUAUAAAAAAAUAUAUGCAUGGAAUGAAAUCCAAGAUGAAAAAUCAAAAUGAUGAAGAGGAAUCUAAAAUAUCAGAUAUAUUGUAUGAAGAUAAAUAUAUGAUUAUAAACAAACUAUCAGGAAAAUAUAAUAAACUUAUAAGGAAUAGUAUGUUUGUGAGUGAAGAUAUAUUAAAAUAUAAAAAUAUUAAUACAAUUAAAAAGAAUAAAAUAGCCAAGUUUAAUAAACGAAAAGAAUAUUAUUAUAGUGCAGAUAAAAAAAAAAUAAUAUUUGUAAAUGAAGAUAAUGAAGAAGAUAAGAAAUCUAAAAAAAACCAAAAGUCUGAUUUUCAUAGUUAUUUUAACCCUAUAGAUUUGGAUAUGUAUUAUCAUGAAAAGUUAUCAGAUGAACAUUGUGAAAAGAUAAUAAAAAAAAUUGAAAGAAAACAUAAAUUUUUAUUUAAUGAUAUAAAAAGUAUGUUUGUCGGUGUAGAAAAUGUAAAUGCAAGUGAUUCAAAAAAUAAAAGUGAUAAUGAAAAUUAUAACAACAAUAAUAGUAAUAAUUUUGCUAAUAACCAAGUAAAUAAAAAUAAUAAAAACAAUGCCUUAGAUUAUUCCUUCGAAUUAGAUAUAUCCAAAGAUGAGAUGAACAAAUUUUAUCAAGAAUUAGAUAAGUAUUUUUUAAAAAAAAAAUUAUUAAAAGUUAAAAAUGACUUUUUUGAUAAAUUAAAAAAUUAUGAUGAAUAUAAUAAAAAUAUUUUCCAAACAUUAUUUUAUAAUAUUUAUAUGCAUAAUGGAUUAAAUACUUGUGAAUUGUUUAUAUAUUUUAUAUUAAGAAAUAUGCAAAUACCUAGUUUUCCUUCUUCAUUAUAUAUAUUACAAAAUUAUUUUGUUAAAUUAAUUAUUUUAAAUAUGAAGUUAAGGAAUAUAGACAAUAACAGCUUAAAUGAUUUAUGGAAUAAUAAUAAUGAUGCAAUAAAAAAUAUGUUACAUAAUAAAAGUCUUUUAAACAAAUCUGAUCAAAAUAAUAAGAAUAAAAAUAAAAAUAAAAGUAGUUCUAUAUAUUAUGAAGGACUAACUAAUUUUGAUAGUGAAUAUUCAGCCGAUGGUUUUUAUGAAGAAGAUAUAUAUAAAAAAGUAAAAAAUGAAAAAGAUGAAGAUAAAAAAAUUGAAUACUUAUCAAAAAUUAUUCCUUUGUUUAAAGAUGAAUUAAAUAAAGAAGAAGAAGUAGCUAUAUUCAAUUUAGUAAAUUCUGGUGUAAACUUUUUAAAUACUCAAAUAUGUUCAUUCUUUUCUCAAAAAUUAUUACCUAUCAUUUAUUAUAAUAAUUUGAAUUCAUUAGAUAAAGAUAUAGGAGUAAUGAAAAUAUUUUUUUCAAAUUUUGUGUUAAGUGAUGAUGAUUUAGAAAACAUAACAUAA